CACGUUCGCGACAGACAAACAGUUCGAAGCCGUGUAAGAAUACCACCUGCUAGAUUCACCAGAGUAGAGUUUGUUCUCAUAGGACAACAUCGCGUGACGACGAUGGCUUCAAGUUCAGGGGCGGUGUGUCUAUUUUUCUCACUAUUCCUAGGCAUUUUUUUCUCGACAAGUUACGGUUACUUCGAUGGAACUACUGAACCGGAAGUGACCACUGCCCAAGGGACUCUGCGGGGAAAAAUAGUGACCACCACUCACGGCCGAAACGUGGCGGCCUUUCUGGGAAUUCCUUAUGGACAACCACCGAUAGGAAAUAAGAGAUUCGCCAACCCCCAGCCAGCGGGUGGUUGGGAAGGAAUUCGAAACGCUACUGCCGAUGGAAGCAGGUGUCCCCAAAUGAAUAUCGAAGAUUAUAUCACUGUCGUUGGGGAUGAAGACUGUCUGAACCUGAACGUGUUCACACCGCAGAUAAGCGACGGUAAGAACUCCCCGCUACUUCCGGUAAUGGCAUACGUUUUUGGUGGGAGGUUCAUGUUGGGGUCCAUCGACUCAUCGGUGUACAACCCGAUUUACUUUUUGAACCACGAUGUAGUUCUCGUCACCUUCAACUAUCGAUUGGGUGCUCUGGGGUUCUUGAGCACUGGCGACGAAGUGGCUUCCGGAAACUGGGGCCUAAAGGAUCAGGUCCUUGCUCUUAAGUGGAUACAGCGUAAUAUCAGAUACUUUCAGGGUGACCCUGAUCGAGUGACACUAUUCGGCCACAGUUCAGGGAGCGCCUGCGUUCAUCUCCUGACGCUUUCGAAAUUGACCUUCGGGCUCUUCCAUAAGUUCAUCAUGCAAAGCGGAUCUGGCCUUUCGCCUUGGGCCUACAAACCCAGGCCUGCCUACGCGAAGCGCGCAUUCGAACUUGGCGAUUAUGUUGGCUGUUAUAAUGACACUUCGGAUUCCCUCAUCAGCUGUUUGCGCAAAAAAAAAUUCUCGGAUAUUGUAAGCGUGUUUAAACGGUUUUUCAAAUGGCGUAAUGAACCAUACACCACAUGGGCUUGUACUGAUGAGCCAAACAUCGAGGGAGCAUUUUUAACAACCAAUCCUGCAAAUAUACUGAGAGCUGGUCAGAUUCGUGAUUUACCUUGUAUCAUGGGUGUUGUCGACAAUGAAGGUAUAUCGAACACGAUAGAGUUGUAUGAAAAUGAGGAAUUAUUUGAGCAAUUUUUGGGAAACUUUGAUUACUUGCUGUCGACUAUACUGUACUGGUCAUAUAAACCGGACUCCGGAGCCGCUUGGGUCAAGGCCGCCAAGUCGUACUAUUUCAAUAAAAUUGGAAAAAUGAAUAGAAAUGAGUUCCUGAGUAACUUGACGUCACUCGUCGGCGAUGCUUUGUUCACCUAUCCGAUGUACUCCUCCCUCUUACACCAGUUUGUAUUGGCAGCGAAUCCCCAAUAUUUCUACACCUUCAAUUAUCGGGGCACCUGGAGUAACACUUAUCUUUACGGCAAAACUUUGGUGGACUACGGCGUAGCACACGCUGAUGAUCUUGGUUACAUUUUUCCAUACGUAGACUUUAAUGUCCUUUUAGCACUCAACAAAACCUGGAAUACAAAAGAUCUACAAAUGAUGGAAACUCUUGUGCAAUUGUGGACAUCUUUUGCGACUCACGGUAAACCUUCAACCCAGUUUUUUUCUGAAAACACAAUAUGGACGCCGUACUCGGUAAAGGACAAUUACCUUCAGAUAGGAAACAAAUACGAAAUCACGCUAGAGAUGAAAUAUGUCUUUUUAAGAGAGCGAAUGCAAUUUUGGGCUAACUUGGAAAGAAGAACGACAGAGGCAGAAGCCAUUGUGACGGUCAACUAACGUGCCAUCGCUUUAAGAAGAUUCCACAGUCAGUCUUCAUCGACCGAUUAAACGCAGCAUUCCUGUAAAAAUGCCGCGAUCAUCGCAAUUCUCCAUGCAAUGUGGAACAAAAAUAUCCAGAUACCUUUUUGUAUGAUACGAAAGCGCGAUUGAAAAAUGUAUUUC